CGAGAAUAAAAAAUACUAGGCAUUUUGUCUGAUGUUAAAUCUUACUAUUCUGCCCUAAGUUAUAACCCGAAGGGUAGGUUAAUGUAAUAGGACGAACCUAUUACCAUUAACCGGGCACAAAUCCUAGAAACCACGCUAUAUCGACUAUUAAUGAUUAAGUCAAAUCAAAAUCAACAUUAAUGCAAACACAUAAAUUCUAAUUUAGUGUUUUUUCUCUUAUCUAGAGGUAAGUAAUUAAGGUUAGAAAAAUGUUGUCAACUCCUGGUGGCUGUUGUGCAACUUGCAACAUUAAAAACCCUGAACUUACUCAGACCACAAUAUUUUUUUGACGUGAUUGAAUCGCUCGCGAGUGCUAAGUACUUAUCUGCGUGCUCAUCUACGCUCGACAUCCUCAAAGUUCAGCCCUUUGCAACUCGUUGCCUACAUAGCUGCAAAGACUUCACACACGCUUCACAACGAGGAUUCACUGCGUUGAAAUAAUGUCGGACUCUGAGUAUGAGAAGCGGGCUAGAAGGAGCAACCCGGACAUCAAACAUCUGGAUUCGGACGACGACACAACUGCUUCAGUGAGUUCCAAGAAGAAAAAGCAGCCGAAAUCAACGGCAUCAAAGCGCAAGCCUUCGAGCAGCAGAGCUGCUUCGCCACCAAAAAAAGCCUUAAAGAAGACUUCUGGCUGGUGCUUGGAAAGCGACAGCGACGACGACGUGGCUCGCUACAAGAACGCUACCGAGCAGAUCAAGUCGGCCUUCACCAAGCGAGUAGCCGACGGAGUUGUGCGCCGUACAGCCGAUCUCACCGGCGACUUAUUUGUAGAGCUAAGGCUCUACAAUAUCAAAGACAUACGUAAGGUACAGCCGAAGGACCGGUGGGAGAAAGCGACUUUAAGCUUAAAGUAUCAAGCAGAUAACGACGCGCCGGAGCUGGUGCCGUUACGAGAAUUUGUCCGAUGCUGUAAGAAGCAAUUUACAGAAGAAGGUGUUUUUUUCGCAGAUAAGAAAUGAAAUUCGCUUUCUCAC